GCUAUCAGAGCCUGUUAUCCGUAUUCCACUAUCUAUAUUGCCGCGGACGGCGAUGCCAAGGACGAAAACAUGACUAGCAUUGCUAUACAGGAAGCAAACGCGAAGCAUAUCAAUCUUAAAUUUGUACUGACCGGAAGUUGUCUCCUUAGAGAACGGUAUCGCAGAGAUGUCCAUAUGCACCAUAACAGAGGUCCAUCAAUCUUUUACGACCUUGCAACAAAAACAGAAAGGAAUUCCAAUCACUUAGACUUUAGAAUGAGGAACAGAUUAUACGCAGAUUCAAUUCCUAACACGGGUUCUCACACCGGAAUUACUGUUGGUAUUGUGAUUGGUACUGUGGCUGUAGUCGCCGCUGUUAUCGCUGAGGCAAACUAGAGGGCAAAAGCCUCAAGAUUCCAUGGAGAAUAUCUACUGACCUGAAUGUCAUCAUAGUGCCGAUAAUCGGCAAUUCUAAAAAAAUUCCAUCUGAACGGUCAAUGCACUCACAAAUUAUGCCGCUUUUGAUAAAUUUGAGGAAAUAUUUGAAAUAUUUUCAGCGAUGUCUGUAUUAUUUAAAAAUGUUUUUACAUUAUACGUAUAUGGUUCUACCAUUAUAUUGCGCAUGGUAGAGUACUUUCUACUGUUUUGAGAACACUAAGAUGGCUUUUUCUGUCGUACCAGUUUGAUGUAAGGUAGGAUAACAAAGUUUACCAAAUAAAGUAUACCAAUUUA